GUAAAAUAAAAAACAGAGAAAAAAUAAACCCUCUCCCAAAAUCUCCUUAAAAAUCACUGUAAAAUGUAACAAAACCCUCUUUCUCUCGCCUUCUCUGCAGAAGCUAAACACUGGAUUCAUACAGCCCCUUUAUACGUAUCACAUAGAUCACGAUUUGCUCGCACAAAUCUGCUUCGCCGUUGGUUUUGGUGUAUUUGAUGAAUGAUGGCAGAAGGUGGAGAGAUUGAAGACGAGUUGUUUGAUCUGAACAAGGUGCCCGUUGAUAAAAAACGGAAAAGGAUUAAGAAGGAUAUUGAUUUGACUGAGAAAGGAGAUGAGGGUUCUGAUGGCUUACCCAAGAGUGGUAGGGUUUUGAGGUCGAGGGCAGUGCGUACCCAGGUGGUGGAAACAGUUAAAUUGGACGAUACAGAUGAAAAUCCAGUGGAUUUAGCGGAGUCUGAAAGUGAAAGUGAGGUGCCCGUUUUUCGGAAAAGGAAGAUGAAAGGUAAACGAGGAAGGCCGCGGAAAACUGAGAUUAAAUCCGAGGUAUCCUCGUUGAGCACAGGAGAGAAGAGAAAGAGGGGUAGGCCUCCCAUAAAUGGUAAAUCCGAGGCUUCACGGUUGAGUAUGUCAAAGGAAGAGGACGAGGCAAUGAGGUUGAAGAAGGUGGGUGCGAGUAGUAAUAAGCCCGUCCGAGGUCGAGGGAGGUUGAAAGUGAAGGGGAAAAUAGGAAGGCCUCGCAAGAUGGAGAAUGGGGAUAUGGGUUUGGAAAUUGAGAAGAAGAUCGUGAAGACGAGUGAUGAUGAUGAUGAUGAUGCAGGUCCGGUGAAGAGAUUGAAGGUUAGAACGGAUGAUACAUUGAAUGGCGUCUCUCAGAAGGAAGAAGGGACAGAUGAGCUUUCUGAAUGUAACGAAACAGGUGUUAAGAAACAGAAUCGACUGACGAGGAAUAAAAAUGUCAAUACGAAUGAGUCGGAUAAUGUUGUUAUGAAGAAAGAAAAGAGAAUGCCUAGGCCUGCUCAAGGUAAUGAGAUGGGUCUUCGGGAGCAGAAGCAGGUCAUUCGGGAUCAAAUAGUUUCCAUGAUUACGAAGGCGGGAUGGACCAUUCAAUAUAGGCAGAGGCAAUCCAAAGACUAUCAGGAUGCCGUUUAUGUCGAUCGGUUUGGAAAGACUUACUGGUCGUGCACAUUGGCUUACAGGAAAUUUAAAGAAAGGAUUGAUAUGGGAACGGCAGAUGAGGAAGAGGUAUCGGUAUUUUCUCCUAUACCGGAGGAGACCUUCAGCAUUCUUUUCAGAAUCACCAAGAAGUCAGGUAAAAAGAAGAAUGGUGAAGGAAAGACUAUUAAGACAAAGAUGAGAAAGGAGUCAUCCAAACGAAAAUCAUCUGAUGGAGGGACUAAAUCAAGAUUGAAUAAAGGCAGCCAACGGACCUUGUUGGCUCGUAAACAUAAGGAUGGUUUGGAUGGCGGUGUCAAUGUGUAUGAGGGAAAUCGGAAUCUGCUCUCGUGGAUGAUUGAUUUGGGUACGGUUCCUCUUGGCGGGAAAGUGAAGUACAAGAGAGGAAGGAGCAGAAAUAAGUUGCCUGAGGGGAGGAUUACGAAGGAAGGGAUCUGUUGUGACCUUUGCAAACAAACACACGGGGUUCGGGAAUUUGUGUCACAUGCUGAAAGUAUAGAUGGAAACUUGUAUGAGGAUAUAUAUCUGGAUUCUGGGGUUUCACUUUUCCAGUGCUUGGUGGAUACCUGGAAAAAACAUGUGAAAAAAGGUGACAUUGGAUUUGUUCAUGUGGAUGUGGAAGGUGAUGAUCCUAAUGACGACACCUGCAAUGUGUGUGGUGAUGGCGGUGACUUGAUUUGUUGUGAUAGUUGUCCGUCAACUUUCCAUGAUGACUGCUUAUCUAUUGAAGUUCCUUCUGGAGACUGGCACUGUGUUUAUUGUUCAUGCAAAUUCUGUGGAUUGGCCUGUGAGAGUAUGUCAGACAGUGAUGAGGAAAGCAGUUUAUCAUCUGAGUUGUUUACAUGCCGUUUGUGCGAGGAGAAAUAUCACAUGCAUUGUAUUGAAGGAACCAUUGCUGAAGAUUUUGACCAUGCAAAUAGUUCCUUCUGUGGGAAAGGGUGCUAUGAGAUAUUUGAGAAGUUACAGAUUCUUCUUGGUGUUAAACAUGAACUUGGCGAAGGAUUUUUCUAUACUUUACAUCAUAUUGUAAGUGGUGAUGCAGCUCUAGAUGGUGACUCCUCAAAGUUAGAAAGCAAUGCUAAGUUAGCUGUUGGUUUCUUAGUCAUGGAUGAAUGUUUUGAACCUAUCAUAGAUGAGCGAAGUGGAACCAACAUGAUUCACAAUGUUGUCUACAGCUGUGGGUCAAAUAUUAGACGAUUGAACUACGAUGGAUUUUAUACCAUUGUACUAGAGAAGGGUGACGAAGCCGUAGCAGCAGCAUCGAUAAGAAUUCACGGGAGUCAACUAGCCGAGAUGCCUUUUAUAGGAACCCGAUUUAUGUACCGUCGUCAAGGGAUGUGCGGCAGGCUUCUAUCUUCGAUUGAAAAGGUGCUCUGCACACUUGGUGUUGAGAAACUGGUGAUUCCCGCAAUAUCCGAACUUAACGAGACAUGGACAAAAGUAUUCGGUUUCGGUCCCCUUGACGAGUCAACUCGGAAAGAAAUGGCACGCAUGAGCAUGAUUGUGUUCCCAGGGGUUGACAUGUUACAAAAACCCCUGAAUAUGAACCAGUCUACUCAAGAACAUAUGGAAUCUGCAGAGUGCUGCCCUGAAGUGAAACCCGAGGAGGACCAAAACAUACAAGACAAAGCCGAAUCAGCUGUGGUGCAGUCCACUGAACCUCAAACUUGCAAUGAAUAUGCUCAAGAAGAAGCUGUACAAAAUUCAGAUACUUAUGCUGACGUUGAAAAUCAUAAUCUUAUCGAGAAAGCGGAUGUCAUUGAGCCCGUCAACUUAGCAGACGAGGCAGAUACCAAAGAUGGGGCAGUGAACGCGAAAUCAGCCGAACAGUCCACAGAACCUCAAACUUGCAAUGAAAAUACUCGAGAAAAUCAAGUGGAGGAUGGUGAUGGUGGUGUAGCUGAACCAAGUGCAGGUAAUUCUGCUGACCUUGAAAAUCAUAAUCUUAUCGAGAAAGCGAUUGUCAUUGAGCCCGUCAACUUAGCAGACGAGGCAGAUACCAAAGAUGGGGCAGUGAACGCGAAAUCAGCCGAACAGUCCACUGAAGCUCAAAUUUGCAACGAAAAUACUCGAGAAAAUCAAGUGGAGGAUGAUGAUGGUGGUGUAGCUGAACCAAGUGCAGGUAAUUAUUCUGCUGACGUUGAAAAUCAUAAUAACGAGACAAUAGCAGUAGCUGAAUCUGGUGAAACCAUGCCAAUGCCGGUCCACUCAUCAGACAAGGCAGAUAUCAAAGUGGGCCCAGUCAAUAAUGGCGAGUUGUCUGAAAAUAACGAUUGUCUUAGCCACCUCGAUUCACCCAAAGAUAAGGAUAAUACUAUCAAUGGCAGUCUUGAGACGAGCCAAUCUGCAGAGGAAACCAAUGCUUGUCCAAAUGGGCCUUUGAAGGAAAACGGGAAAAUUGAAAAUGGCGAUAGGCAUGAGAAUUUGGACGGUGAUGUGAAGAAACGGAUCUUGAGAAGUACCACAGCUGCAUCUCAAGGGAAAGUGUAGCCUUUUUUUCUGAGGGUGGAUUGUAUGGUCUUUUUGAUUGCAAAGCCAAAACUUUGGUUAAAAAAAAAAAAAAAAAACCCCUUAGAUUUUAAAGGGGAGGGCUCUUUACAUAUAAAUUGUAGUGUUGGGAAUUAUUAAUUGUUUUGUGUUAUUGCAUGAGAAUUGUUUACCGAGUACCACCAGUGUAUAGAACAGUAUCCAUCCUCUUCUCAGAUUGUACAUCCUUUUGAAAUUGGGUAGCUUAUUAGUUAUUGUUUUUGUUUUGUUAUGGUAUUUGAAUCUAAACCAGUUGCCGAGCAUUGCAUUUCCUUCAUUUGGGCCAGUUGGCUGGAAUUGCAUAUUUUCAGUGGGCCGAACUCUCUGGGUUUGUAUGGUCAACAGAAUAUGGCAGAACUCUAUGGGGGUAA